CACCACAAUUGCGCAGCAGGAAUUGGAGGAAUAUGAACGGCGCGCGCGCAGAGAGAAUCCUCGGUGCUUUCUAUUAUGCCAUAUUCAAUCUAUGCCGUCGGGCUGGGAAGCGCACUUGCAGCUCCUGCGUCAAUAUGCAGAGGCGAGCUAUACGCUGGCUACGUGUCAAGCGUCAAAGACCCGCUAGAUCAUGCAUGUCCAUCUUGUCCCGACGACGAAGGCGAGGGACGUGACGACGAGGCAUAGGAAGACAGAGACAGAGAGUACUCCCUCCGUACGUAUGUAUGUACGUGCGAACAGGGCGUCAUUGCCAGCUGGCACUGCGAAGUUCUAGGAAUCUGGGAAGACUUGCCCUGUCAUCUCCAGCAAUUGUUCCAGCAUCAUUUUUUUCGUCUUCUCUAUUCGGCGUCUCGUCUCCAUACUAUCUCCGGAUGGGUACUCCGUACUCCAAAAGAUACCCACAUGGCCACUCUGGAGGUUUUGCCAGCGCGCAAGCCAUGAUCGAUCGUAGGGCUGCGUUCUGGCAAACGGGAACUCAUCUCGACACACCCACUCUUGUUAUCCCCAACUAUUGUAUCUUUCCUCCGUGUGCUAUCAUUGCUUCUGGCGGCCGAACGCCUCGUACUAGACGUACACGCCCAAUUCGAGGCGCACCAAGGACAAUUGGACGUGUGAGACUGCAGCAGUAUGAAGCCAUUGCCGUCGAUGUCGAAGAAGCCCAAUGCCUACCUAUCAUCGCGGGUUCGCAACAGACCAAAGUGGACCAUCUCUACAGCCACGUUCUCCCAGCCUCUUCCCGUAGUCAAUUAAAGAAGACUUGCAGCCAUGACAACAUCAUCGUCUACUUAGUACUGCCUGCACAGGAAUAAUCCGCAGCUCUCUUCUCUUCUGCCCCUCUUUUCGCUCCUCCGUCAUAUGCACCAUUAUGCAGUGUCUGCAGCGGUUCGCAUCGACGUGGUCGUGGUUGUCGAAUUGAAUUGGCGGUGUAGGCUCACGGCCAUUGGUCACGACAUACCGGCACUUUUGUUGGACUGACUUUUGUUCGCCAGCGCAACAUCGACCAACGUCAAACCCCAACCCCCGGCUGCUCAUUCUACACAAUUCUUCGAGUGGCUCCGCUGGCAAAGAACGUGCAGGA